CGGGUACCUGCAAUGGUCACGACCCUCAUGAACCAUCAAGUCCUCGGAUUGGAUUGGAUGGCUUCGCGCGAAUUGUUGGAGAGACCGCCUGUUGGUGGUUUGGUUGCCGAUGAGAUGGGCCUGGGAAAGACCAUGCAGUCUAUCGCCGUCAUGCUGUUGAAUCCGCCCGAAAUCCACGACGUCGACUACACUCCCGUCACUCUGAUCGUCGCUCCCCUCUCUCUCCUACGGCAGUGGAAAGAGGAGAUCAUUAAUCACUGCAAGAAGCGAACUUUGAGAGUUUUCAUACAUCACGGUGACAACAGGAUUAGAACCGCCAGGGAUCUUCGGAACAUUGAUGUCGUUCUCUGCACCUACAAUGCCAUCAUGUACAGUUGGCCGAGGAGACCCAAGGACGGCAAGCGGUGGACGCAAAAGGCAAUCGAUGACUGGUGGGAGGUGGCUCAGCAUUCGAAAGGUAUCUUCCACCGGAUCAAAUUCUGGCGCGUCAUCUUGGAUGAGUGCCACUUGAUCAAGAACCGGGCAGGAGCAACAUCGGAAGCCUGCCAGCAACUCUCUGCCGUAAACAAGUGGGCGCUGUCGGGAACCCCGAUUCCGAACUCGUUAUACGACCUCUUUCCCAUCUUCAGUUUCAUCGGACAUCCUACCGCCGGAACGAUCGAAGGUUUCAGGUGGCUCGUGGGUACCCACCCCAGUUCCGCAGCUGCGGCGCAGCGAGUGCAAGCAGCACUUCGCGGAAACAUGAUGCGACGGACCAAAUCCGACUUCCUCAUGGGCCUUCCCCUGAUCUCCCUCCCCAGAAAGCGGAUCCGAAUGGUCGAAUUGGAGUUUUCAGACGACGAGAGGGCGCUCUACAAGGCGGUCGAACUCCACUCGAUCGACAGGAUCAACAAGUACAUGCGAGAAGGCAAAGAGAUGAAAGAAUUCGCCAUCUUGACGAUGUUGCUCAGGCUCCGGCAAAUGUGCGAUCACCCGUAUCUAGUCUGUAAGUUUGUACUUCUCCUGACUCUGACCCUUGUAAGGAAAAGGUUCCACAUAGCAGAAGAUGACGAAGACGAAAAGUCUGAUGUGUCGGACAGUGACGUGAAGCGCGAGCAAUAUGGAGAUGUCGAGGACAGGAAGGUGAAGCCCGAGCAAUCUGGAGAUGCCGAGGACAGGAAGGUGAAGCCCGAGCAAUCUGGAGAUGCCGAGGACAGGAAGGUGAAGCCCGAGCAUUCUAGAGGUUUCGAGGACAGGAAUGUGAAGCGCGAGUAUUCUGCAGGUGUCGAGGACAGGAAGGUGAAGCGCGAGAAUUCCAGAGGUGUCGAGGACAGCAAUUUGAAGCGCGAGAACUCUGCAGGUUUCGGGCGGUGCAAACACCAGUUUUGCCGGGAGUGCCUGAUGGAUUCCCUCAGCUUCAGCCCUCUCUGCCCCUUCAACGACGGUAGAUGUGGAACGAUGCUAAAGGAAGAAGACAUUCUCCCUGGCGAUAGGGGUGAUGGGGGAGUAGACGAGCUGAACUGGCUCAACAACCCGAAUAUUUUAAUGAUGCCAAGCACCAAGACGACGUUGCUCAGGAAACAACUGGCAGAGUGGAGACUCAACCACCCCGGCGACAAAAUCGUUCUCUUCUCCCAGUUUACCAAAAUGCUGGACAUCAUCGAGAGGGUUUUCGAGAACGAAGAGCCAGACCAGAUGUACGUUCGAUACGAUGGAUCCAUGAGCGUCGAGGAGCGCGACGAAGCUCUCGGCCUCUUCCGCACGGAGCCAGAAUGCAACCUGAUCCUGAUAUCAAUCAAGGCGGGUGGAGUGGGACUCAAUCUUACUCACGCCAACCUCGUGAUCUGCAUCGAUCUCUGGUGGAACGCCGCCGUCGAGCUACAGGCCUUCGAUAGAGUGCAUCGAUUGGGCCAGAAGAAGGAGGUCUUUGUUACUCGCUGCAUCGUCAAGGACACUGUUGAAGAGAGGAUGUUGGCGCUCCAGAAACGGAAAAUGCUCAUCGCAAAAGCCGCGCUCGGCGAAGGACGGAUGGCGCUUGGAAGGCUGACUAGAAAGGAACUACUCGGUCUGUUUGGU